CUUCCAACGCUAUUGCUGAUUUUGGACCUGGUGAACUUACCAACCUCACAAGUCUUGUAAUUUUAGACUUGCGAUUCAACCAGCUGACGCAACUUCGAGAUGGUAUCUUUGUCAAUCAAUCCAGCCUAGUUAGCCUCUACUUGAAUGGAAAUCCCUUGCUGACGAAUGUCGCGCCGUCCGCCUUCUCGGGGUUGAACUCGCUUCAACUGCUAAACUUAUCGAGCACCGCCCUGACCGCUCUGCCCUCAACCAUGCUCCAGGGUUUGCCUCAACUGCGCACAUUCUCCCUGAGAAGCACAUCGAUCAUGUCGUUGCCAUCUCAACUGUUUCUCGGGCGUGGCACCUUGACGCAAAUUGAUCUCGGCUCGAAUGCUCAGCUGACGAGCAUCCCUGGAGGAUUGUUCCAAGGGCUCGGUCAGCUGCAAACCCUAGACCUCGACUCCAACCCGCUCGUCACAACAUUGCCGCCAGGGCUAUUCCAAGGACUGACGCAACUCGUCUCGACUGAUUUGAGCUUCAACGGGUUUGGCUUCAAUGUGCCUCCCAGCACUUUUAACAACAGUAUGGGCGCGCUUCAGGCUUGUCCGAGUGCCUGUGCAACCUGUUUGGUCGACGGAUCGGCAUGUUGCAACUAUGGAUGCUUGACUUGCACCACAAUCAACUUGUGCGCGAGUUGCUACUUGGACUUUGUGGCUGGUACCGGGUUUUGCUUUCCAUCUGCGGCCACAAAUGCAUCCCUUGCAUCAAGCGCCUCCUUUGCAUCGAGUGCUUCUCUUGCGUCUGCUUCCGCUGCAUCGCGAUCCUUGUCUUCUCUUGCAUUUGCAUCGCCAUCCCUCACGUCUCUAGCGUCUGCUUCCGCUGCAUCAUUGUCAUCCCUGUCUUCUCUUUCUAGCGCGUCCGUGCAAACGGCGACCAUCAGCGCGAGUUCUGCUUCGUCCUUGUUUGCGGCAUCCUCGUCCACCGUCGUUGCCAGUUCCGGAUCGUCGUCCAGCGCUGCCGCGGCUUCAUCAUCCGUUGUGGCCAGUUCAGCCUCAUUCGUGUCGGCGUCUUCUUCCAUCGCUGCUACAACCUCUGUCGCCUCUGGGCUUGAAAGUUCGGCUUCCUCGCUUGUGGCUGCUUCCUCAUCCUCUGCCUUCCAACCAUCUGCUUCCUCUGUCUUUGUCGCUUCAACGUCGUCGGUCGAGGCUUCCUCAUUCCUCCGUGCUUCGUCUUUUUCGUCAUCCAUAGCGGCGAGCUCGGUCUCUUUGCCUCUCGCCUCGUUCACCUCUGCCGUCUUGGCUACUUCCAUUUCUUCGCUGAUCGCGGCCUCCUCGAGCGAGUUUGGAUUGGCCUCGGCCACAAGCGCUGCCUCUGCCGCCACUGCGGCGAUCGUUGCCUCGCGGGCGAGUCGGGCCUCACAAGCCUCUAUGGCAUCUGUGGUGUCUGGUGCUUCAAUGGCAUCCUUAGCUUCCGCAGUCUCGCAGGCGUCGCAGGCGUCACAGGCGUCACAGGCGUCACAGGCCUCCGACGCUUCGUUGGCUUCUGGUGCCUCCCUGGCUUCUGGCGCCUCGCUGGCUUCUGGCGCCUCGCUGGCUUCUGGCGCUUCUCUCGCAUCUGCCUCAUCUGCCAGCAUUGCCUCUGCUGCGUCAAUUUCCGCGUCGACUGCAGCGAGUGUCGCGCCUUCCACGACCGACUUGCAGGCGUCAGUCGCUUCACUUGCUUCUCUAGCAUCUCGGGCUUCUCAGGCGUCACAGGCUUCCGGAGCUUCCCAGGCCUCACAGGCGUCACAGGCAUCACAGGCUUCCGAAGCUUUGUUGGCUUCUGGUGCCUCGCUGGCUUCUGGUGCCUCGCUGGCUUCUGGCGCCUCCUUGGCUUCUGGCGCGUCACUUGCCUCGGGUGCUUCUCUCGCAUCUGCCUCAUCUGCCAGCGUUGCCUCUGCUGCGUCAAUUUCUGCGUCGACUGCAGCGAGUGUCGCCCUUUCCACGACUGACUUGCAGGCGUCAGUCGCUUCACUUGCUUCUCUUGCAUCUCAGGCCUCCGGAGCCUCGCAGGCUUCUCAGGCGUCGCAGGCCUCCGGAGCCUCGCAGGCGUCGCAGGUUUCCGGAGCCUCGCAGGCGUCGCAGGCGUCACAGGCCUCCGAAGCUUUGUUGGCGUCCGGAGCUUCGUUGGCAUCUCGGGCUUCCGGCGCCUCGCUUGCCUCGGGCGCAUCGCUUGCCUCGGCGUCAGCGGCAUCGCUUGCAUCAGAAGCCUCGUUGGUUUCUGCGUCAUCUGUCAACGAUGCGUCUGAGACAUCAUUCUCGGCAUCAACGCCAGAUGUCGUUGGUCCCACGUCAACCGGCCUGCAGGCGACAGGUACUACUGGUGCUGCUUCUUCUCUCGAUUGCAGGCCGCUUCCUAUUCUCCUUGCCCUGUCUUUGACCAUUGGAUUCGCUUUCAUUUGAAGUCGAAUCGGGCCUUUCUCGUGAACAUUGUACAGAUUAUUCUUGUGUGUGUGUGUCUGCUUGCCACAAGCAUGUUUUCGUGUGUUUAGCAUGGUUGUAUGAAUCCUCGUUCUCAUUUCUGAAAUGAUAACUCGUGCAGUUCUGAGCAAGUGAACCGCUUAGUUGCCGCAGUUCUCAUCGACGUUGUUCAACAAUAAUUUCCUCCCACUCUUGACACAAUUCGGUCUUUUCAAUAAGUGACGUCCAGUCUUGUUUGUGAUUGUUACUCAGCUUGUCAAAAGCCGAGCACACACGCACACUCUUCGAAUGACCAACGCGUACUCGUUCGACGGGAUGGUCAUUGCCGUGCUGCUCUUCAUCUGCACCUGCGCCUACGGCAAACGCAUCCCGCGUCUCAACAGUCUCAUCUUUAGCGAAAAGAAAGGGUUCCUGGGCACAUUUUCCAAAGCUGCUGUGAUUGGGAUACGACUGCACUGGAUUGUUUCGUUGCUGUGCUUGGUGACGGCAGGUUAUGUACUUUUGAUUCAGUGACAACACAAAUGUUUUUAAAAAGAAACUGCACAAAGAUGACCAACAG